AGUAACUCUAAAGUGAAUCCGGAAAAGUACACGUAAGUUGUAAUCAGAACAAUAUAAAUAUUUGUAAAUGACGGAAUAACAACUAGACAAUAUGGAUGCUCAAACACAAGAUGAGACGGGGGAAAGUAAUGUUCAUCCUGAUAGAUUAGUGAAUGAAAACCCUCUAUCUGGACCUUUUUACACAGUUAUAGAGUUUAUUCAGAGUUAUGGCUGGAUCAUAUUGUUUGGUCUGGUUGUUUGCCUGUACAUCAAGAGUAAACUGUCACCUACUGUCAGAAAAUACAAACAAAAAAUCGAAGACACUAUAGAAAGUAAAAAAUUUGAUUCAUCAAAGGCUCAGUCACGUUUGGAGGCAAUGGACGCAGCACGUCAGAGGAUGCAAGCACAGCUAGAUGCUCAGGCAGCGAGGCAUGCUGAACAAAUGAAACAGAAGGAAGAGGAGAAAAGAAAACAAAAAAUAGAAGAUUGGGAAGGUCAUACUCAAGGAAAAGGUUACAGAUCAAAAUAUAAACCGAAAGAGGAACAGUCAACUAGUGCCAGUUCUUUAAAAACAGAUAAGAAGAAACCAUUAAGAUCCUCAGAUUACAAUCCUUUGACUGGGGGUGAUGGAGGGUCGUGUGCCUGGAGACCGGGUCAGAGACGAGGGGGUGCCGGAGGAGGAUGAGGUUAAUUUCCUGUGUGUUCUACAGGUCACAUGACUAAUGACAUCAUAUGUCAUGUGACCUACCAGUGAUAUAUUCAAUUCUAGAUUUGGAAUCAAGGCUUUGUGUUAAAAUAUGUUUUUCUUUAUUUAUGUAUAUGUGUGUUAUACUGUUUUUAAAAGAAGAAAGUGAAUCGGUCAUGGGGAAAUAAUAAAUAGAAUGUAUGAAAAGAUUAUUGAAAGUAUAUGUGAAAUAUAAAGAUUUAGAUAAGUAUUAAGCCUAUGAACUUACAAUAUAUUAUGGCAUGAUACAUGUUUAUGGUUAUAGACAUUCUUGUGUUGAAUUUAAUUAUAGAAGUUCUGAGUUAUCAAAAAAUAUGUUGUACACCUUUUUGAACUCCAGGAUGCAUGUAUUGUGUCAUUGAAUUAUCGUAUAUUGAUCUGAAUUUUGACUGUUGAUUCAGAUUUAUAGUAAAAUUCCUUGUAAAUGCCCCAACUUAACAAAAUUGAAAUUUGAAAAAGAAAAAAAAAAGGUAGACUUACAAAUUAGGUCAUUCAGUUAUAUUCUAUAGUCCUAAGUUUUUAUUAUCAAAUAUAUGCAUCCAAACACUGGAACAUUUGUUCUUUUAUUGCCACUUUUAAUUAUGCAUAAUAAACACCCCCUAAUUGUAACAAGUUAGAUCUCAGGGGAGCAUUUAUUAGGAAUUUUACAGUAUUGGAAGGAAGAUGAUGUAUGAUUUAAUUGUGGGCAGCUGUGAUAUUGUAAUUUGUUAUUUAACAUUUGAUUUUGAAGCUAGAAUUGAGUAUAUUUUGAACACACAGUUUUAUAAAGCCUAGGGUCUGAUAUUGCUAGAUAUUUUUUUGCAUGUUGUAAUUUCUGGAAAUACUGUCAAAAUCCAUUUGUAUUUUGGUUCACAAUAACUCAUUACUUUUUCUUUAAUAAUUUCACCAUCUCUUUAAAGGAAAAAAAAUCUUAUACAAGUCUGUAGAUGACAGCAAAAGUUCAAGUUAAUACAGUAAAUUGUAGUUCAAGUUAAAAGUUCAAAGGAAUUAUAAAGUUAUAAAAUAUCAACAACAUGGAGAUGGGAGAAAAAUACUUGUUUCUUUUGUAAUGAUAUAAUUUUUUGUUCACUCAUAUAGAAGCUUGAUUUGUUCUUUAAACAAUAAGCGUCUUUAUGACUGAUAUUUUGAUGGAAUUUGUAGAUUAUUUUGGUUUACAAUUGCUUCGGUAUUAAUUUGUUAACUUUAAUAGAAAUAUUGUUCUGAUUUGAUGAUCUAUUUAACAACCAAUCUUCCUUAAUCUAAUAUCUACAAAAAUUGAUAUAGAAAAUCAUACAUUAUGGAUUUUUGCAGUAUCUCCUUUCAGUUAUUUUGAACAGUUGUAUUUUUGUAACUAAAUAUUUCAUUAAUAUUAUGCAAUAUUUAGAGAUACUGUUUAGAUAACUGAUAUUACAUGUACAUGUAUUAAUAUCGUAAUGAAGUUAAGUCUGUAAAGAGUCGGUAGAUUCUUGGACUUAACUGAUGAAGCAUUGUUACCCCUGGCAAAAUAUAUACAUGUACCUACCUGUAUAACAUGUAUAUUUUGGAAUUUGAGAAUUCACGGUUGCACAUCCAGUCAUAUGUUUAUGAUAUAGAUAGUUGAGAAAUUAAUAAGGCAGCACAUCCAUAUUUGACACACUAAUAUCAUAGUGAAAUUCUAUGUUUAGUUAUAUUACUUAGUGAUUUUUUUUAACUAUAUGGAUCAUUUUAAAGAUGCUAUUUCAAAAAAGUUAAAAAUAUUUAAAGAAUUAAGGGUAUUUACAUAAAAAUGAUAAAUUGACUGUUCUGGCUUUAAACUUGUGGACUUGUUGGAACAAUUAAAAAGCACUACUAUGGUGCUUAUGGUAAAAUUUGGUUAUAUCAAAGAUAAUGAAAAUGCCCUGAAGCAAGUGAAGAUUCACUUUCAUUGGCAGAUAACUAAAAAAGUAGGAUCUUGAAUCCGAUUUCUUUUUCUUCAAAAAUUAUGAUUCUUUUUAAUCAUACAAAAUUUAAGAAAAAUUUGUUCACUUCUUUUUCUAUGUAAAAGUGAAGUAACUAAAAUUUUUGCUUCUUUUCCUAUGUAAAAGUAAAGAAACUAAAAAAUUUGCUUCUUUUCCUAUGUAAAAGUGAAGAAACUAAAUUUUGCUUCUUUUCCUAUGUAAAAGUGAAGAAACUAAAAAUAUUGCUUCUUUUCCUAUGUAAAAGUGAAGAAACUAAAUUUUGCUUCUUUUCCUAUGUAAAAGUGAAGAAACUUAAAAAUUUGCUUCUUUUCCUAUGUAAAAGUGAAGAAACUAAAAAAUUUGCUUCUUUUCCUAUGUAAAAGUAAAGAAACUAAAAAAUUUGCUUCUUUUCCUAUGUAAAAGUGAAGAAACUAAAUUUUGCUUCUUUUCCUAUGUAAAAGUGAAGAAACUAAAAAAUAUUGCUUCUUUUCCUAUGUAAAAGUGAAGAAACUAAAAAUUUUGCUUCUUUUCCUAUGUAUAAAUUGAAGAAACUAAAUUUUGCUUCUUUUCCUAUGUAAAGUGAAGAAACUAAAAAAUUUUCUUUUCCUAUGUAAAAGUGAAGAAACUUAAUUUGCUUCUUUUCCUAUGUAAAAGUGAAGAAACUAAAAAUUUUGCUUCUUUUCCUAUGUAUAAAUUGAAGAAACUAAAUUUUGCUUCUUUUCCUAUGUAUAAAUUGAAGAAACUAAAUUUUGCUUCUUUUCCUAUGUAUAAACCUAUGUAUAAAUUGAAGAAACUAAAUUUUGCUUCUUUUCCUAUGUAUAAAUUGAAGAAACUAAAUUUUGCUUCUUUUCCUAUGUAAAAAGUUAAGAAACUAUAGGAAUCUCACAUGCCAAUAUCUUGCUUUUUUGCUUGAAUUUAUUUUUGAAAAAAUACUGUUCAAUUGUGGAAAUGGGUAUGCUGCCUUUACUUUGAGUGCCUUCUUCACAAGUUAUCCCCUGUUUGAUAAUUUGUCAUCAGUCUUUGAUAAAGUUUUGGCACUAAACUACUAAACUUGGAAACUUUGUUUUUAUUGUAUUAUUGUUUAACUUUAUAUGAUUUUAUGUGUUUUUCUCAAGUCAUAUGUUUUAAUUUUUACAUUAUCCAAGUUUUGUGUCAUACAUGUGUUUUAUGUCAUAAUUAUGUCAUUAAAGCCAUUAUUGGGUAAACAGAA